AUGCCUCGCACCACGCGAGCGUCCAGGACGUGGUUCAUCAGUGGCUGGCCGGUGACCGUCUCUGCUGGACACGCAGUGCUCCCAGAGGGCAUUACCCACCUCCCGGACGGCGCCUUUCACGGAUGCACCGCGCUCACCUCGAUCUCCCUCCCGGCCGGUCUCCAAUCGAUUGGGUACCGCGCAUUUGAUGGUUGCUCCUCGCUAACGAACCUCUCCCUGCCCGACGGCCUGACCGCCAUUGGUGGCCAGGCAUUUCACCGCUGCUCCUCGCUCACCGUCAUCAGCCUCCCGCAAAGCCUCGCCUCCGUCGGCGACUGGGCCUUCGAGGAUUGCGUCUCACUGGCCUCGGUGACGUUCCCAAGUGGCCUCGCGUGCCUCGGCAACGGGGCCUUCCAUAGAUGCAGUGGCCUCACUGCCAUCGACCUGCCCGCGGGCUUGACCUAUCUCGGGCACGAUGCAUUCCACGGCGCCUCCUCCCUCACUCGAGUUGCCCUCCCCGCCGGUCUCACCUCCCUCAGUCGCUCGGCCUUUGCUAACUGCCGGGCUCUCUCCGCCAUUCUCCUACCUGCUGGCCUAACCUCCAUCGGCGACUUUGCAUUCUCCGGUUGUGUGUCGCUGACAACCGUCGCCCUUCCGGAUAGCAUCACUUCGAUCGGCGAGGGCAGCUUCAACGGCUGCACCUCCCUCGCCCGUGCCACCAUGCCCUCCGCCCUCACCUUCAUUGGCUUCAUCGCUUUCCUCCUCUGCCCCGCCCUCGCCCAUAUCACGGUGCCGACCACCGCUGAGAUCGACGUGCGCGCCUUUCCUCAUACGACUGUCGUCCACCGCCUCUCACCCGCGAGCAUGCGCGCCCAGCAGCAGCUCUUCUUCCUCUACAAAGCCACGCUGGCCUACAAGCGCUGCCGCCCCGGCCUUCUCGGCUGGCUAGAGCGGGCCCAGAUUAGGCUCGGCUCGUACUGUGAGAAUGGCGCGGCGCGCAAGCGCGACCUCGCUGAGUUCGAGAGGGACUUCGCCGUUCAGAUCUAG